AUGGGAGAAAGGCCGGGAAAAGGUCAGUCCAAAGGUUCCAAGGGCGGUAAGUCCAAGGGCGACGAGGCGUCCAGACAACCCAGACAACGCUUGGAUGGCAACAGGAACCUGACGCGAAGCGGCCAAGGAAUGAGGUCUGGCAGAGAGAUUUCAUACUGCCCCCUUCAUCAGAUUGCGGAUGUUCCUGAUCUGGAUGAAGUGCAGAAGUGGGCCGCCUUUUUUGCCAGCAAUGAAGGUGGCGGCAUGUCUUACCUCAAUGCAAGGGACAAGGCCGUCGAGAUUCUCGAGGAUGAGACCUUUUUUGAUUUGGAUGAAGUGAAGAAGUGGGCCGCCUUUUUUGUCGGCAAGGAAGGUGACGGCAUGUCUUACCUCAAUGCAACGGACAAGGCCUUGGAGAUUCUCGCAGACAAGCCUCCCUUUGGUCUGGAUGAAGUGAAGAAGUGGACUGCCUUUUUUGUCAGCAUGGAAGGUGGCGGCAUGUCUUUCCUCAAUGCAACGGACAAGGCCUUCGAGAUUCUCGAGGAUGAGACCUUUUUUGAUUUGGAUGAAGUGAAGAAGUGGGCCGCCUUUUUUGUCGGCAAGGAAGGUGACGGCAUGUCUUACCUCAAUGCAACGGACAAGGCCUUGGAGAUUCUCGCAGACAAGCCUCCCUUUGGUCUGGAUGAAGUGAAGAAGUGGACUGCCUUUUUUGUCAGCAUGGAAGGUGGCGGCAUGACUUACCACAGUGCAGUGAUGAAAGCCUUCAAGAUUCUCCACAGAAACCCUCAAUAUUAUUUGGAUGAUUUGAAGAAGUGGGCCGCCUUUUUUGCCCACAAUGAAGGUGGCGGCAUGUCUUUCCUCAAUGCAACGGACAAGGCCUUCGAGAUUCUCGAGGAUGAGACCUUUUUUGAUUUGGAUGAAGUGAAGAAGUGGGCCGCCUUUUUUGUCGGCAAGGAAGGUGACGGCAUGUCUUACCUCAAUGCAACGGACAAGGCCUUGGAGAUUCUCGCAGACAAGCCUCCCUUUGGUCUGGAUGAAGUGCAGAAGUGGGCCGCCUUUUUUGUCGGCAAGGAAGGUGACGGCAUGUCUUACCUCAAUGUAACGGACAAGGCCUUGGAGAUUCUCGCAGACAAGCCUCCCUUUGGUCUGGAUGAAGUGAAGAAGUGGACUGCCUUUUUUGUCAGCAUGGAAGGUGGCGGCAUGACUUACCACAGUGCAGUGAUGAAAGCCUUCAAGAUUCUCCACAGAAACCCUCAAUAUUAUUUGGAUGAUUUGAAGAAGUGGGCCGCCUUUUUUGCCCACAAUGAAGGUGGCGGCAUGUCUUUCCUCAAUGCAACGGACAAGGCCUUCGAGAUUCUCGAGGAUGAGACCUUUUUUGAUUUGGAUGAAGUGAAGAAGUGGGCCGCCUUUUUUGUCGGCAAGGAAGGUGACGGCAUGUCUUACCUCAAUGUAACGGACAAGGCCUUGGAGAUUCUCGCAGACAAGCCUCCCUUUGGUCUGGAUGAAGUGAAGAAGUGGACUGCCUUUUUUGUCGGCAAGGAAGGUGACGGCAUGUCUUACCUCAAUGCAACGGACAAGGCCUUGGAGAUUCUCGCAGACAAGCCUCCCUUUGGUCCGGAUGAAGUGAAGAAGUGGACUGCCUUUUUUGUCAGCAUGGAAGGUGGCGGCAUGACUUACCACAGUGCAGUGAUGAAAGCCUUCAAGAUUCUCCACAGAAACCCUCAAUAUUAUUUGGAUGAUUUGAAGAAGUGGGCCGCCUUUUUUGCCAGCAAUGAAGGUGGCGGCAUGUCUUUCCUCAAUGCAACGGACAAGGCCUUCGAGAUUCUCGAGGAUGAGACCUUUUUUGAUUUGGAUGAAGUGAAGAAGUGGGCCGCCUUUUUUGUCGGCAAGGAAGGUGACGGCAUGUCUUACCUCAAUGCAACGGACAAGGCCUUGGAGAUUCUCGCAGACAAGCCUCCCUUUGGUCGGAUGAAGUGAAGAAGUGGACUGCCUUUUUUGUCAGCAUGGAAGGUGGCGGCAUGACUUACCACAGUGCAGUGAUGAAAGCCUUCAAGAUUCUCCACAGAAACCCUCAAUAUUAUUUGGAUGAUUUGAAGAAGUGGGCCGCCUUUUUUGCCAGCAAUGAAGGUGGCGGCAUGUCUUUCCUCAAUGCAACGGACAAGGCCUUGGAGAUUCUCGCAGACAAGCCUCCCUUUGGUCUGGAUGAAGUGAAGAAGUGGACUGCCUUUUUUGUCAGCAUGGAAGGUGGCGGCAUGACUUACCACAGUGCAGUGAUGAAAGCCUUCAAGAUUCUCCACAGAAACCCUCAAUAUUAUUUGGAUGAUUUGAAGAAGUGGGCCGCCUUUUUUGCCAGCAAUGAAAGUGGCGGCAUGUCUUACCUCAAUGCAACGGACAAGGCCUUCGAGAUUCUCGAGGAUGAGACCUUUUUUGAUUUGGAUGAAGUGAAGAAGUGGACUGCCUUUUUUGUCGGCAAGGAAGGUGGUGGCAUGACUCACCUCAAUGCAACAAACAAAGCCUUCGAGACUCUUCGAGAUUCUUGAAAAAAACCCUCCGUGUGAAGGGAGGUCAGCCUUCCUGUGAAUGUCUCCAUGCCGGCGCCGUCUUCAAAGCGCCCUUCUGACCGCCACGAUGCAGUUGUGCGCGCUGUCAAAAUCAGUAGCUGUCGAUGUUUGCACAGUUUGGUUUGUUGGAUGCUUUCACAUCAUUUUAUCAUUGAAAUUGAACUUGC